AUGUCUGCCCAGCGGAUUGGCAUUUUUACCAUCGACUUCCCGGAUCCGCUCGUGAUCGACUACGAUAACAACCAGUUCAUCACCCUCAACGACUCCGUCUCGUUCCAGUAUCGCAUCCUCAACAACAUCCAGACCCUGUCCACCAAGGGCGUCGACAGCAACCAGGACCCCUACGGCAUUCUCUACGUCCCCGAUGUCAGUACAGACGGCUGUAGGGAACAAGAACGACUCCACGUGCCCGAGAAUGCGACGCGGAUAGUGAAUCUGCCCACCGACAAGGACUACGCCCUCAUCGCCGUUGCGCCCUGGUUCUCGGCGCAAUGUACGACGGAGUACUUCGCCGCCGCGCGCAACCAUCCCACCAAGGCCUUCCUCACAUAUCAGCCAGGCGACACCAACGCCAAGCCCCCAGUGCUGAACGAUGCGUCGUGGAACCUUCAGGAUGGCGGUAGUUGGCAGACGGCUAACGACUUUCCCACCUACGCCCUGUCGUCAAUAACGGGCAACAAUAUCAUGGAUCAGCUGAACGAGUACUCUGGAAAUCUCAGCUCAGUGCCCCAUGCCGAUGAACUAUCACAGAUCUACAACUCGUCCGACUAUGUGCGGCUAUGGGCAACCGUCAGUACUGGUGAGUACAGCCUGCUCACAUCCAUGAAUGCCACUGACCUCACUGCUUAG